AUGCGGCUCUCACUGUCCGUCGGCCUGACGGCCCUCUCUCUGCUGGCGCUGGCCGCCCAUGCGAUCAAGUUUGACCUGCCAGCCUCGACGAGCCCGGCCAACAAGUGCAUCUGGAACUACGCCCUGGCCGACACGCUGGUCGUCAUCACUGCCAACACGGUGCCCGCCGAGGGUUUCAGCGCCGACGACAUGCGGCUCGACAUCGAGGUCGUGGACGGGAGCAAGCACAACAACAUCUACCUCUCCAAGAAGAACAUCCGCGGCGAGACGAGGCUCGCCAUCAACACGCACUCGCACGCCGACCUCGGCGUCUGCUUCAAGAAUGUGGCGAUCUCGAAAGCCAAGCGGACGCCCGUCAUGACCAUCGACCUCGACGUCGACAUCGGCGCCGACGCCGUCGACUACAACGCCAUCGCCAACCAGGAGUCGCUGUCCGGCCUCGAGACGGAGAUGAGGAAGCUCGAGGCCGUGGCGCUCGAGAUCAUGAACGAGAUGGACUACCUCAAAAAACGCGAGAUGAAGAUGCGCGACACCAACGUGUCGACCAACGAGCGCGUAUCCAACUUUGCAUGGCUGACCCUGAUCGCGCUGCUUGCGCUCGGCGCGUGGCAGGUCUUCCACCUGCGGUCGUUCUUCAAGCGCAAGUACCUGAUCGACUGA